GACUUCCCACUCCUUGUUUAGCACAGACUAGACUUAAGUGAAACAGCUCUUUUUCCAUGCUUUGUAUCAAUUAUACAAAGAAGGGAGCAGCUCAGUGUCUUGGCGGUCUCCUCAGUGAGGGUGACAGGCUUGAGCAGUUUGGAGAAAGAGCCUUGACCGGCUAACCAGCUCUACUAGAUCAGUCCUUGCGUUGCUGCAGAAACCAAGGAGCAGACUGUUUGGUGAAGAUCUUUCUCACCAUCAAAAAAAAAAAGAAUUCCAAGUCAGGACAAGAUAAGGAAUUGAAAACCCAUAUACUUAAAGGAAUGCUCUCAGAAGGGUAUCUUAGUGGACUUGCCUACUGGAAUGACAUUCAUUGGAAUUGUGCAUCUUAUAAUGAACCGGUAGCUGGGGAACAGGGUGAGGAAACAAGGUCUGUUGCUGCUCUUUCAUAUUCCUCUGUGGAUGAAGCACAAGUCCAAAGCCUUUAUGUGAGCUGCAAAUCGUCUGGCAAGUUUAUUUCACCAGUGCGUGCAAGAGGGAGUCAACAUAGCAGAAGCCAGAGCAGAACAGUGUUGCAGACAAACUUCAACCCUGUAUUUGAAAGUCCAACCUUGGCCACAGUUGACAUUUGCAGAGACGCGAUCAGAGAGACCUAUUUGGUUCCACCUUCUUGCAAAAGUAUUUGCAAAAAUUACAAUGACUUACAUAUUGCAGGGGGACAGGUGAUGGCCAUUAACUCAGUAAUGGCAGAUUUUCCCUCGGAGAGCAGUUUUGAAGAUGGUCCUUUGCUGAGGUCAUCUGAGAUUCCUUUGUCUAUGGAGGACUCCAUUUCUACUCAGCCCACUGAAUUUCCCCUCAAGCCUAUCCAGCGCUACUCAUCCUACUGGAGAAUAACCAGCAUCAAAGAGAAAACCAGCCUGCAAAUGCAGAAGCCUAUUUCAAAUGCAGUGCUCAAUGAGUACCUGGAGCAGAAGGUGGUGGAAUUAUAUAAGCAAUACUUUAUGGACACUGGGUUUCAAGACAGUUCUCCUACCCAGAUUCUAGCAUCAGAACUCAUCAUGACAAAUGUGGACCAAAUUAGUCUUCAAGUAUCUAGAGAGAAGAACCUGGACACCUCAAAAGUCAAGGACAUAGUUAUUAGCCACCUAUUGCAGUUGGUAUCAUCUGAGAUUAGCACCCCUAGUCUCCAUAUUUCUCAGUAUAGCAAUAUAACUCCAUAGAGAAUAUUCCUCUCAACUUUUUCUCAUUUUUAUCAAUCCCAAAGUAAUAAUGUAUUUUGGUUUAUUCAGAGAAUUGAGAGGGAAGGAACUAUGGAAGGGAUGUAAGGACUAAUAAAGGAAAGUUUGAGAAAUCUCUUACUGCUAUAUGUACUGAAGGAAUACAGGAUGGUUUCAAGGGCAGGCUUAUACAGAAACAGAAAAUAUAAAAAUGAUCACAGAGAGAAGAUAUUAAACAUGCGUUUCACAGUCACAUAAAUUCCUCCAAGUUGUUUUUCUAGAAAGAAAAGAACUACAAGAAGGUUGUUAAAUUUGGGUGGACCGACAUUUUUCCAAGUAUAAGCUUGUAUCUUUUUUCUCUAUUCUGUAUCAGUAAGUCAUUUAGGUAUAUUCUUUGUAAAUAUUAAAGGUAUACCAAACAAA